AUGGUCCAUCGAAGCCCAAGCCGCUGCCGCAGCAGGCCAAUCCCACUCCAACGGCACCCCGCCUCUAACGACGGCCCAACCCCCGGCGCCGGCGCCGUCGCGACCUCUCCCGCUCCCGGCGUCACCGCUCCCGGCCCGCGCCCCAUCGACCCCGAAGUCCUCGCCUCUCUCUUCGGCGGGCCCUCGGAAGCCGAGCUGAUGAAAGCCGCCAUCGAAGUGAUCACCGACCCUUCGCCCCACGUCACGCUCGAGAACCGGCUGAUCGCCUUUGACAACUUCGAGCAGCUGAUCGAGAACCUCGACAACGCAAACCUGAUUGAGAAGCUGUCGCUGUGGUCGCCGCUGCUGUCGGUGCUGGAGCACGACGAGGAGGAGAUGCGUUUCUUCGCGGCGUGGUGCGUCGGCACCGCGGUGCAGAAUAAUGAGAAAACCCAAGAAAGGCUGCUGGCUAUGGGCGGCGUUCCCAAGCUCGUGCAGCUGGCCAUGAAGGAGGGCGAGACGGAGAAGGUCAGGCGCAAGGCUACGUAUGCGCUCAGCUCGGCGGUUAGGAAUUAUCAGCCGGCUAUGGAUGUUGCUGCUCAGGAGAUGCAUAAGCUCGGUCAUGAGGUUUUGGUUAACAACGGGAACGCAAAGGUCGAUGCGGCGGAUAUGGAUAAGGUUGAUGAGGUCAUUGAGUGGUUGAGGACGAAGGCUAAGUCUGCCUAG